UCCGAGGUUUAGAAAACAAGAACAUGGGAGAUUGGGAGCAGAAGAAUCUUAAAAAAGAGCUAACACAAGGGAGGGAGCUAGCGAGACAGCUCCAAAGCCAUCUCAAUGCACCAUCUUCGUCGCAGGAGAGCCGCGAAAUCUUAGUCCAAAAGAUCUUGGCUUCAUAUGAAGCGGCACUCUCCAUGCUCCGAUGGAGCAGCUCAGAUCAGCCACAGCCGUUAAGGGGUGCAAUUCGAACGUCGGAAUCCCCACCUUCUGAUCUAGUUGGCAGUCCGCGGAGCGAAGAUUCAGAUCGGGACCUUAAGAACCCGGAGCACAGAGAUAUUGCCUCUAGAAAGAGAAAGGCUUUGCCAACGUGGACACAACAUGUAAGAGUUAGCCCAGGGAUGGGACUUGAUCAAGGGCGUCUUGAUGAUGGCUUUAGUUGGAGGAAAUAUGGGCAGAAAGAAAUUCUUAAUGCCACAUACCCAAGAGGCUAUUACAGGUGCACUCAUCGAAGUGUCCAAGGUUGCUUGGCAACAAAGCAAGUUCAACGUUCUGGUGAAGACCCGACGAUGUUUGCAAUCACUUAUCGAGGAAGGCAUACGUGUGCCCAAGCCUCCAACAUAAUACUACCUUCCCCACCAUCACCUGAAAAUCAAGAACCCAACCACAGCAUGCUCGAUCUUCAAGCUCAUGACCGCCAACCACAGCAAAUUCAGCAACUACAUGGGUCACAAGAAAUGCUCUUGAAUUUCCAGGCAAGCCUCAAAGUUGAAACCGAGAACUUAGAGACCCACGACGGCCGAUCAUUUCCCAGCUUGCUUGACUUCCCUUCUGCAUCGAAUAUCGAGGCUGAAACACGAAAGUACUUUCCGGACUCUGUACUGAUAGAUAACAACUUUGUGGGAAGCUAUUCUCCAUCGUUCAUGUCUCCUGCAAUUUCUGCGACAAAUUAUUUCUCGGUCUUGACCCCAAGUGGGAUGAGUAUGAAUAGCUUUGGACUAGUCCGGCACCAGCAUUUUCAAGGCUGUGAUCAGUCUGAGCUUACUCAUGAUCAGAUAUCAUCAGUUGCAACCUCAGCUACAAAUUCUCCUACGGUUGGUUUGGAUUUUCCAUUUGGCACUCCUGAAUUCGAUGCCAACUUCACAUUUGACAACCCUGGAUUCUUUUCCUAGUUUAAUUUAUACUUCGCCUAGAGAAAUUAUAGAGUACUGAAUAUAGCAUUAGAUGUGAUCAGGCCGUAAAGUACUUUAGACAAGUGCUGCAGUUGAUGAUCAUCAUGGUGAUCCUAGCUACCUAGCUAGCUAGUUGAUGUGAGAGAAACCAAUUAAUUAUCUGAUUACACGUAUAUACUACGUGGUAUUCUUGAAGAAGACUACUGGAAAGUGGAGGCCGGUCGAGCGGUGAUCUCCUCUGAUGACAAGACAAUUUUGCUUGGUCAUGGACUUAGGUACGUAGCUGGUUGUAGUUUGAAAAGUAUUUUUUUAGCUUUGAAAUGAACAAUAAAAUUGAUUUUUUCUCCAAAAAAUAAAACUCGUACGUCUUACAAGAUGUAACCAUGUAGCAUGCAGCUAGCUAGCUUGCAAUUUUGGGGGCAAAAAAAGGUGCAUGAUGAUCAUGAUCAUGUGAUCAGGAUAAGUUGGAAAGAUUGUAAUACUAUUGUAUGUGUGUAUAU